AUGCAAGGUUUUCCCCCGGCUGUGGAGCGACCGGGGGGCGGAGCGCUCGGGCGCAGGGCAGCGACGGUCUGUCGCAUCGCCAAAGUCCUCGCGGCUAGCGCGGGGGCGGCGCGGGAGCUUCCCCGCUCUGCGCCGGCGCGAGGCGGCGGACGCCGCUGCGAGCCGUCCCGCUCUUCACUGUCGCAUCUUUCUCUCUCCUUCUCAGCGCUGAGCGAGCCUUCGUCGCACCUCGCGAGCCCGGCGGGGCGUGCGGCGCGUCCGCCGUCUUCUCGUUUCUUUCCGCCUCCUGUUUUUCUCGCCUCCGCGCAGGCGCCUGAGCUUCUGACUCGGCCGGGGGUGAGCGCCUUCAGCGCAGCUCCUCCCUCGCAGUUCGCUUCGCGCUCGCUGUCUGCCGCGGCGGCGUCUCCGGCGCUGUCGGCGAGGCACGUCCUGUCGCGGCUGCUGCCUGCGCAGGCUUCGCAGCGCGCGUGUUUUUCGGUCUUUUCUUCGCUGCCUUCGGUGCGCUUCGCGACCGCGCUCUUCCCCGCCGCGAGCGGCGCGCAGGUUCCCCGGCAGGAGCUGCGGCAGCUGGAGCAGCAGGCGGAGCUGCAUCCGACAGACGCGGGCGUCCAGCAGCGGUACUUUGCCGCGUUGAACGCGGCGGGCGAGCCGCUCAAAGUCGUGAAGAAGUUCGAAGAGAAUGCGUUUCUCAAGGUCCUCGCCGACGCGUCAGGGGGCUCUGCGGCGGCGCUCCACGGCCUGGUAGUCGAGUAUCUCAAGGCCCUCUGCGCUUCGGAGCUGAUUCACAGCCGCGCCCUUCCCGACCUCGCGAAGGAACUCGCGCCCUUUCUCGGGAAGCGCGACCGCGCCAGGGGCAGCAGCGGUGGCGGCUUCGACUCGCGCGACGCAAGGAGCGACGCCCGCGAGCGCGAACUCGACGCACAGCUGCGCAAACUCCACGUGGAGCAGCAGCAGCUCGUUCUCGACCGGCUCCAGCAGCUCUCGAGCCAACUCGAGCGCGCCACGCGCGAGAGCGAGGCGCGACUCGGCGCCGCCGGCGCGCCGCUCGCCCCGGUGGGCUCUGAGGCCGCCCGCGAGCAAGGCGCGAGGCGCCGCGGCGCAGUCGGCUGGAUCCUCUACCUCGUCGCGAGCGCCUUGCGCGGCAGCUGGCGGGCGCUGAAAGUCGGCAGCGUCGGCGUCUGGAGUCUGCUGCUGUCGCCAGUCGCCGCGGUGCUGCUCAUUUGGAGUUUUGCAACCGAGGCGCUGCCAGGUCUGCAGCAGGCCGCGAAGAAAGUCGACGGCCUGCCUGAGGGCAAGUCGAAGGAGUGGGUCGAGGGCAAAAUCGUGCAACCCGACCAAGUGAAAACGACCUUCAACGACGUCAAGGGGUGCGACGAAGUGAAGAAGGAGGUCGAGGAAGUUGUGGCCUAUCUCAAGUCGCCGGGCAAAUUCACUGCCAUGGGGGCGAGACUGCCCAAGGGCAUUCUUUUGCAGGGGCCGCCAGGCACCGGGAAGACACUGCUGGCGAGGGCGAUUGCGGGCGAGGCUGGCGUGCCCUUCAUCCACGCCUCGGGGUCGGAGUUCGAGGAGAUGUUUGUCGGCGUCGGAGCGAGUCGCCUGCGGCAGCUGUUUGCAGAGGCCAGGCGCGUGAGUCCAUGCAUUCUGUUCAUCGAUGAAAUCGAUGCGCUCGGUGGCAAAAGGACGCUGACGGAGAACAAACAUCACAGACAGACGCUCAACCAACUCUUGACCGAGCUCGACGGCUUCAAACCCUCUGACGGCGUGACGCUGGUCUGCGCGACGAAUCUGCUGGAGGCGCUCGACCCUGCGCUCACGCGGCCUGGGCGAAUGGAUCGCAUCAUCCACGUGCCGUUUCCUUCGAAAAAGGAGCGAAUCGAGAUUCUGAAGCACUACGCGGCCAACAUGCCGCUCGCAGCCGACGUAGACCUGGAGACUCUGGCAGCGCUCACCUCAGGCAUGACCGGCGCAGACUUGGCGAACUUGCUCAACUUCGCCGCGAUCCGCGCGGCGACAGAAGGCAAAGAUCAGGUGACGCGCGCGGAGGUUGAUGAGAGCUUCGAUCGCCUCAUGGUGGGGAACCGCCGCACGGGCGUCGUGAUGAAGGAGGAGGAGCGGCGCUUGACGGCGUACCACGAGUCUGGGCACGCGCUAAUGGCGCUCUACACGCCCGACAGCACGCCGCUACACAAGGCGACGAUUUUGUUCCGCGGCUCGUCGCUGGGCGUGACCUGGUCUGUCGACAAGGACGACAGCUACUCCAAGUCUGAGCGGCAGUACUUGGCGGCGCUGGACGUUGCGAUGGGCGGCAAGGCGGCCGAAGAGCUUAUCUACGGCGAGGGCAACGUGACGAGUGGCUGCCACAGCGACCUCGUGCGGGCGACGCAGAUCGCGCGCACGAUGGUGACUGACUACGGCAUGGGCGUCGAGGGCAGCAAGGCGCCGAUGGUCAUUGGUCGCAAGGAGUACGCUCUCGUCAGCGAUGAACGCAAGAAACUCGUCGACGACGCCGUUCAGAGACUUCUGGACGCAAGCUACGCACGCGCCCGCAAACUCCUCGAAGAGCGGAAAGACGAACUCCAGCGCCUCGCCGAGGCUCUGUUGGAGCACGAGACGCUUUCGGCGAGCGAGGUGAAACUUGCGAUCGCGGGGAAGCUCGCGCGAGUCAAGAAGCGCGAGGCGCGCGCGGACGAUGGGACGCCUCGGCAAGGCAGCAAAGAAGGCACUUCUGAGGCCGGAGCAGACCUCCCGCAGGCGGCGCCGACCGCCUCGGCGGCCGAGAGAUCCAACCGAAAGGCGCAGCCUCAUGGCGAAACAGCAGACACAGUCGAGGCACCGAAGUUCGCUGGAAAGGGUGGGAAGAGCGACGCCUCCGAUGAGGGAGCACGCGAGGUGAUGCGGCAUGUGAAGCGCUCGCGCAACAUUCCGAUCUCUGUCGCGGCUGACCAGGCGCCGGGGCGGAGCCAAAGCCUGGAGCAGCGGCCUGGCGCCGGGGGUGCGCCUCGCGAGGCCCCUGCCGAGGCGGAGCCCGAGGGGACACCUGUCUCCGCUUCGGGCGAGGGGGUCCCCUCGCCCUACGCGGUUGCGGCGUCGGCAGCUGCCGAAGUCUCGGCACUGAUCGCCUCGAAGGCUCAGCAGCAGCGACUCGAAGCAGAAGCCUUAGCGCGCGCCGUAGAGGCGAGCGAGAAGCGAACGAAGGCAGAACGAAAGAAGAAGACGAGCGUCGACUCCGAGGAGGGCGAACAGGGCACUGCGGCGGGGGAUGGCGGUCGCUAG